UUACUAUGGUUACACAACGCUCUCCCGGUUGAAAGUACUUAUAAACAUUGCGUAGUUUGACUUUUUUCUUCUUCUUUUUAAUCGUAAAAUGAACGAGUUUGGAAGUUUAGAACUCAGGUGGAUACAAGGUUUCGGAAACAAAAAUACCGAGUUUGUUGAAAAUAAAACAGUAUGCUACACAUGUGGGAAUCAUAUAUGUUUCCUGAAUUUGGAGACAAGGACGCAAAACGCGUUUCCGAGUCCUGGCAGAGGCAUUGGUGCAUUGACAGCCAACGGAAACAGUGGGAUUUUUGCUUUUUCCGAGGAAAAACUAUCCCCGUCGAUAUAUGUAUACAGUUUCCCUGAGCUUCAGUUGAAGAAUGAACUUAAAGGAGGAGCACAACUGGACUACACAUCUCUGGCAUUAAGCCACGGUGGUCCAUAUUUGGGCUCCUGCUCCUCUCUUCCUGACCACAUCAUUACUGUGUGGAACUGGGAAAAUGCUGAGCCACUUUGUUCUCAACCACAAGCUGGACAGGAUGUCGUUUCCUUGGCAUUCAACCCCAUGAAUUGGCUUCAGCUUUGUUCCUUGGGCACUGCUUCACUCACUGUCUGGAAUAUUGCAAAGAGUGACAGCCUUCAUGUCCUGCAACCGAGUACAAUUAAGCUUCCAGCACCUGGUGGGACCUUUAGUGAGAGCCAGGCACCAUCCUCUCAAAAUGUCAGCAACAUUAUGGCCAAACUCCACCAGAGCACCAGAGCCAGGCUGACUCCUUCUGCCAUCUGCUGGACAGCCACUUCAAAGCUCUAUGUGGGCUGUGCUGAAGGAUUCCUGCUUCUUGUUGACCCAGAGAGCCACUCUGUCUCUGUCCUUUCCAAUCCUACAAGUGCUGAAUCUAUCCCUGAACUCAGAAGAAACAGCUUUCAGCGUUUAACUCCUAACAACAAUGGUUUGAUUGCUGUAGGAAAGGAGAGCGUUGUACACCUGCAAAUCAAAGGGAGUCAGAUAAACAUUGCACAAACGUGGAAGUUAGAAAGACCUGUCACAACUGUGAUGUACUCUCCUGACUAUAAAACAUUACUUUUUUCCUCUAAUACCGGGCAGAUAUAUGUGUUGAACCCAGCCCAGUCAGAUAGGAUUGUGAAGAUCUUCGAUGUUCUCAGUGGCAACUUUGUGACAGCAACUCUCUUGCACAAUGACAAGAACAUUUGUGUGUCCUUGAAGGAGUCUGGAGAAUUGCAACUGUGGUCCUCAGAUGGCAUCUGCAUCAGUUCUCUCUCACUCCAAGUGGAGGUGACAUGUCUGGCCUGCUGUCCUGUUGCACACUAUGCAGCUGUAGGAACAACUACAGGAAAAGUGCUCUUUAUUGACCUAAACCAGGAGCAGAGGCCUCGCCUGGUGCACGAGGUUCUCCUUUACCACAGUGCUGUUGAUCAUUUAGUUUUUGAUCAUGACGGGCACUAUCUUUUCACCGGUGGCUCAGAUUCACAUAUCUAUGUCUUAGAAGCUAGGCCGUCCAAGAUGUUUUCAGUCAUAGGGUACACAGUUCUUUCUGGAUGCAUUUUGUCUCUUUCCGCUCAGUGCAACAGGGACAUGAACAAGGUGAAAGUUCUUGCACUGUGUGCUGGUGAAGAGGACAGAAAAAAGGACAGUAGCCUGCUUACAUUGCUCUCUCUGCCUACCCAGAACCUUGGAGGUCCAGAUAGUAUAGACCGACAUGGUUGCCUGUCUUCUCACGUCCUCAAAGUGUUCACAUUCACCGUGCCUCGUCCACUUACAAGCUGUGUUCUGGGAUUAAGUGAGAUCUUUGCUUACUGCCACAGGAGUAAAACACUUCAGCGAUUUGUACUUCCUGAGGACAAAGGGGAUCUCUCUGAUCAACAGGGAGUCGAGCUGAAACCAGUGCAGGAAGUAAGGGGUCAUCCACUGGGCCCUGCCUCUCUUGCUCUCUCCCCUCACCGUUUAUGGUUGGCUUCUGUGGGCCGAGAUGGCUUACUACGGAUUAGACAAACUGCGUCCAUGGAGCGGUACAUUGAACUGCAGUGUCACUCGUGCCGUUUCGGUGGAGUCCGGAACGUGUCCUUUUCCACAGACGGUUGCACACUCCUCACUGUAGGCCUCAAAGAUGGCUCUCUUGUGUGCACUAACAUCAGAGUUAAAGGUGGGGAUGUCAGUAAGAUGAAUGAAGCUACUCAGUACAGCAAGUCUACGGCUUAUUUCUUGAAGAAUAUCUUUGAUACUGAAAAUCCCAUCCUGAUUAACUUUCCUGUGUGGGGUCAAGUGUCUCCGGUUGGCACGGAAACUCCAGAGGUCAGUGGUGGACCAUCUGUCAAUGUGACAGAGCGAGAUAGGGACGAUAACAACCUCCUACGUGCUCCACCUUCACAGCCCACCUGGCUGGAAAGCAGGCGAGAGGGGCUUCUAAAAGAAGAUCAAGAGAAAUACUCUGAGAUGAAGAAGAACCUGAUGGAAACCAUCAAAGAGUUACGCGACAGUAUCCAGGAGAUGAUACGUGACAGUGAGAACCAGCCUGAACACUUUAACCUGGAUGUUGAGGAGGAGAGGAGACUCGAGGCCAUGGUGGAGCAGGAGGUCACAAGGGUGAGGACGGAAAUUGAAUGGGACAUUGUAGAAAAAUGUUACUUCCGUGAUGUCCUAAAGAGAGAAUGCUGGGAUACCAUGAAGGUCAUCAGCAGAACCAUAAAUGCCUUUCACUCUGACCUUGAAGUGCUGAACUACCCUCUGAAAGAGCAAACAGCAAAAGAACUUGAGGACCUUUGCAGGGUUCAAAAUAUGAGGAAGUUAGAAAAAGCUGCCUGCAGCCUAGGCAACCUAAAGAAAGAUCUCAGUGCACAAGAAGAAGAGGAGGAGAAGAAAGUCCAGGACGCUGAGACUGCCACUGUGACGGGGAGUAUCUCGGCUCAGUUAGGAUAUUCAAAUCCUUAUGUCUACGAUCAGUUCAGCCUGAAAACCAUAGAGCAGAGGAUCAACCAGAUUGUUUUGUUACAGGUGGGAACCUGUUUCAAAAAGGAUGUGAUUUAUCGCGUCAAGACGGCUUUCAACGCUGACUUUGAGGCAUUACACAAGCAGAAGAUGAAGGAGCUCAAACGUGUGAGAGACAGGAACAAGCACAUCAGAGAAAUCAUGCUGCAGCUGGACAUGCACGAGGAGCUGUGGGAGCCCAGCCUGACCAACAGCGAGUGGCCAGAGAGGCUGCUCGCAGUGGAAGUCUCUGAGAUAAGAGCUGAACGGUACCUCACAGCGGAGCAGAAAGAAGAGGAGGAGAGGAGAAAGCUGGAGGAGGAACGUCGUUUGGCUGCCCAAGCUGAUGAUUCUAGAGAAAGGGCUCUUGAUGACAUGAUGGAUGGAGUACUUGAAGUGAAAAAAGAGGACAUCUUGAAAAUGGAAAUACCUCUGCCUGAGUUUGUUUUGACCAAACCUGACAUUCAGUGGAGUGAGGAGGAGAAAAAAGUUUUCAAAGAGUAUGAAAAGAAAGCCAAGGAGCUCAGCGAGGAGAAGGAGAAGUACAAAAAGCUACUGGAAAUUGAAAUAAAAAAGCUUCACCAGUCCACCAAGGAAGCGACCGAAAGGUUUGAUGAAAAUCUGGCAAAGCUGUUAGAGAAGAAAGUGAACUGCACAGUAGCUAUAUACCAGGAAGAGCUCAAGAUCACAUAUCUCGUUGAGUCAGUCCUCAGAGAAGAAGAGAUGAGAAGCCAGGAGCAGGAGCUCAAGCUCCAACUUGAAAAAAUGUUGGCAUACAAGGAUGAAACUGAGGAGAGGUUGAAGAAGCUGGAAGAUGAAGUAGAGUUGUUACAGGAGACGUAUGACAAUGUUGUCCUUGAAGACAAAUCGCUGGAUAAAGACUUCAGGAGGGCAUUUUCAGACCUUCCGAGCCAUAUGGUCGAUUGCCUCUAUAAGAUGUUCAAACGCAGACCCAGGGCUCAGAAGAUGAGGGCCCAGAUGGACAACAGCAACAAUUCUGACCCGUUUAAAGAGAAUCGUCUGUGUGGUUCUCAGGCCCCUGAUGCAUUCAGCCAAAUGCUCAGAGCCAUGGACGAACUGGACGCUCCAGCGAACAUACCAGAGGGCUUGAGCACAGUAGCCUGGGAGAAAUUCUGUCACGUUCGCAGAACUAAAGUAGAGAGCGAGCAAAAGGUAAAAACAAAAGCUUUGACUCUCGCUGAGAUGCAGGCGUUCCUGCAGAAGAAGAGAAAUGAGGAUAAAGCUGCUCAAGAGGAAAUUAAAAAUCUUUCUAAAGCGCUUGAAAGUCUGCACCGGAGGAGGACUGAUCUCCUGAUGGACACCAUGGUCCAGAUCAUACUUAAACAGGGACAGGUGGAGGUGACUACCACAGACCCAACUGCUGACAACGCAGACACCGACUUCAUUCUUUACCACAGGAGCGUCGUGGACAACCUGAGAAAUGUCAUCAGGACACUUGCAGAGCAGAAAAUAACAUCCAUGGUGGCGUGCAAAGACGUGCGUAAGGGCAUGAUCCAGCUGGAAUGGGAGAACAAGGUGAUGAGGAAGCAAAUAGAAGACCUCUACGACAAGGAGAAGAAUAUAAAGAUGCUACAACUCUCAGAGGAGCAGCAGAAAAUGACACAUCGCAGCAAGUCAGAUCAAGAAAGUCACACAUCCAAGCAGAUUUCCAGUUUGGAGAAAAGUAUUGCCUUGAUGGAAACGACUCAUAAGAAGAGUGUGCAGCAACGCUUAAGAAAGAUUGAACAAUUAAAUAAGCGGGCAGCAGCAAAAACUAAAAAGAGCGCCGAUUUAGAACAGCAGCUCCCUGAAAUGCAUGUCACCGUGUCAGAGUUGAGACACAUCUGCGAAGCAGCAGCUAUGGCAGAAAAUGAGGCUGCUGCACAAGAAGAGCGCUACCAGGAAAUCGUUAAGAGGAGCAAGUUGAAGGAACUCGCCAGAGCUCAGGCAGAGAACCUGGCUUUCCUUGGGGCAGAAGUUGAGCGUCUCACCAUGAAGAACUUUCCUUCGCUUGAUCAACUGAAACACUAA